AUGCUUGCAUCGUCGGGUAUCGCAUCAGGGACUGUGUCGAUGGACGAUCGUGCUGAACGAGCGCCGUUGUAUCGAGGCUUCUUCGUGUCUCCGAAUUCGGACCAGGUGACGUCGAUGGUUCAUAUGGAACCCACGAUGAUUCCAAACUGCGAUGGAGUAGCGAACAGAAGUGGCUGCUAUGAUAUUGUGGUGACCGAUCUGCUGCGUGAUUUCUGGCCGUCAGUUGACCGGCAUAUGCCAAGGGACGAGCCGGCUUGCGGGUUCCGUGGGGAAAGGUGCGACUUCACUCUGCUCAUCAUAGGGAUCAUUCUCAUCGUUCUGUUGAUCCUCGGAUUCUGCUCCGCCUACCUCAUUCACAGGGUUGUAGAAAAGAGAGCACUCGAUAAGCUGCCGUUCCGCAUUUAUCGCGACGAUAUGCAGUUUAUUGACGAGGAGCAACUAAAAAGCAUGGUAUAUCCUUAA